CUAUGUGAAUGCGCCCAAAGUUCUCGUUGAUAAAAUAUAUAGCGCUGCAAACACGGAUACGGAUAAUACAAAUUAUACGGAAGUUGAUCAGCCCAUCAGCUCUGUUUCAAGAGUUUAGUAAGGAUUAUUUCGAGGUUAUUGAGUGGCGAUAAAGUCAUGCCAGAUGUGAAAAGAUCGCCGCUACUUGUCACUAGUUAACACGACGAAGCAUGCGAAAUUAGUGUGUCUCUGUUGAAAUCAUUGAGAUUGUCGAAGCAAAUAAGACGCGAGCAAAUUCGUUACAUGAGGCAAUAUAUAUUGGUGAAGCUUGUAUCUAUGUUGCGUUACAAAACGAUAAUCCAUUUCGGCGAAUUGACCGUAGUCACCAUCUCUAAAUAAAAAUGCACAAUCAGCCUUGAUGAAAAUACACAAUCAGCUGUUCCUAUCGCCUGCUGUUUAUAUCUCCUGAUGACAACAGUUCGUUCUAUAAGCUCUUUUUGUUCGCCAGUUUUAUUGUAAUCAAUCUUGACGUCUAAUCAAUUGUCAAACAAGAGGCUUGCUGAAGGAUUUAUCCAUCUUAAACUGCUUAAGUCGUCAAUUGAUGGAAAUUCCAUUUAUUUCUUCCAUUUGGCUUGAAGAAUACGUCUAUAAGAUUUGCAAAUCUUGUCACAGCUAAUCAAUGCAACAAGUUCUUGCGAUAUGAUAUGCAUUAUCAAUUUGAAGAGCGAUAACGUCCUUUGCAUAAGAGAAGGCUAAAAAUAAGCAAAGAAGUAAAGACGGAAAAACUCGAGAGAAUUUGCAUGGUUGCACUUUUUAUUUGUAUAUUCCAUGAUAAUGGAGUUGUUGAAAUGAGAUGAAUUAGUUAGACAAAUUCUUAAUGGACCAUGUAUGCUAAUAAGAGCUUAAAAUCUUGACAAAAGGGAGAAUUUAUUUUUUUUAGCAAACAAUGGCUUGUGAUGCUCUUAUUUGGGGACUGUUGUUUGUAGGAUGCAGCAUACAGGUGUUAUGGGCUAUAUCCGAAGAUGAUUCAUCGGAAUACAUGAAUAAAGAGGAAAGAGAAGCUUUAAAGGAAGAAGCAAGGGAUAUGUUUUAUCAUGCUUAUAAUGCAUACAUGGAUAAUGCAUAUCCUGCGGAUGAACUAAUGCCAUUGAGCUGCAAAGGACGAUAUAGAGGCUCCGAACCGAAUAGGGGUGAUAUAGAUUCUACAUUGGGAAAUUUUUCUCUUACUUUGGUAGAUACACUAGAUACAUUAGUGGUAUUGGGAGAUUUGGAAGAAUUCGAGAAUGCAGUCAAACUUGUUGCUAGAGAUGUAAGCUUUGAUACUGAUGUUAUUGUUUCUUUAUUUGAGACAAAUAUUAGAAUGCUCGGAGGUCUUCUUAGCGGUCAUAUAUUAGCUGAAUAUUUACAACAGAGGGCUGAUAUAAUGCCAUGGUACAGAGGAGAACUUUUGGACUUGGCUAAAGAUUUAGGAUAUAGAUUUUUACCUGCAUUUAACACAACUACUGGAAUACCUUAUGGCAGAAUAAAUUUAAAAUAUGGUAUGAAAGGAGUUCCUAUGGAAAUAUCAAGAGAAACAUGCACUGCUUGUGCUGGUAGUAUGAUAUUAGAAAUGGCCGCUUUAUCUCGCUUAACAGGUGAACCGAUUUUCGAGGAAAAAGCACAGAAAGCCAUGGACGUUUUGUGGCGAAUGAGACAUCGUGGUACAGAUUUAAUGGGAUCUGUGUUGAAUGUCAAUUCUGGAGAUUGGGUACGAAGAGAUUCCGGAGUCGGUGCCGGCAUAGACUCUUAUUAUGAAUAUUGUCUUAAGGCAUAUAUUUUACUUGGUGAUGAGAAAUACUUGGGCCGUUUUAACAAGCAUUAUCAAGCUGUAAUGAAGUAUGUUAGUCAAGGACCUAUGUUAUUGGAUGUACAUAUGCAUAGGCCAAAUACUAACUCCAAAAAUUUCAUGGAUGCUCUGUUGGCCUUUUGGCCAGGUUUACAGGUUCUCAAAGGUGACAUCAAACCUGCUGUAGAAACUCAUGAAAUGCUCUACCAAGUCAUGCAGAGACAUAAUUUUAUACCAGAAGCAUUCACUACUGAUUUUCAGGUGCAUUGGGGGCAUCAUCCACUCAGACCAGAAUUUCUGGAAUCGACUUACUUCUUGUAUCGAGCGACAGGCGAUCAUUAUUAUCUGGGAGUUGGACGUAAGGUACUCAAAAGUCUACAGACAUAUGCAAGAGUGCCAUGCGGUUAUGCAGCUGUAUCAGAUGUCAGAACAAACAAACAUGAUGACACAAUGGAUAGCUUUGUAUUGUCUGAAACAUUUAAAUACUUAUUUUUAUUAUUCGCGGAACCAGGCGAAUUGGUUUUAGACUUGGACGAAUUUAUUUUUACUACCGAAGGUCAUUUAUUGCCGCUUACACUUGCUUCUAUAAGGAUAAAUGUUUCAUCUGAUUUUGAACGUGAUAUCGUGCACGUGGAUGAAUUUGACCGUACUUGCCCAAAUAGUUUGCACUUAUUUCCGGCGUCAGUAAGACAACCUUUAAGAAAUAUGGUCGAGGAUGUUUGCCCAAGACGGUCAAUCAAACGAAGAUUAACCGCGUCACAAUUUCAGGUGUAUAAUUUGGAACAUCUGAAAAUGUUGAGUGACAUGGGAAUAACAACUCUAACACUAGCGGAUGGACGAGUUCAACUUUUGCAUACAUUUUCUAAUGCAAAAACCCCACAAGAUUCAGAGGAAGGACUAUUGUUCAUGCAGGAAAUGGUCGAACUUACCAAAAUGCAAAUACAACCAGAAACUAAGCCGCAAACAGUAACAUUUAUAAAACCUAAUACAGAUCCACCAGAAAAAGUUACGUUGCUAGCUGGACCGGCACAGUUUGGACCUGAAUUACAAAAUUUCGAUAAGAUUACUGGAAAAGUGAUAUUCACAUAUCCUCCUGCAGCUUGCACAGAUUUGCUGAACGCAGACAGACUGGCGGGUAAAAUAGUGAUUAUGGAUCGUGGAAAUUGCAUGUUUAUAGAGAAGGCUCGGAGAAUUCAACAAGUUGGCGCUCUAGCUGGAAUAGUAUUGGAUAAUGUUGCGGGUUCGAGCGCAGCAACUUCACCCAUGUUUGCAAUGUCGGGUGAUGGAAAGGAAGUGGACGAUGUCACAAUACCUGUUGUGUUUCUCUUUUUCACAGAGGCAGUUGAACUGAUGAAGGCCAUUAACGCAGCAAAUGGGGACCUUAUUGUCACACUUGGGUUAUAUCCUUCAAAAGAAGAAAUUCAGCUUAAAGCACCUACUGAUUUAUCACUAUUUGAACGUUUUAAAGGAUCAUUAAAAUCAUUUCUCAGUCGACAUGUGACUUCGCAGGCGACAACUAUUGCCUCCAAUUUGGAUAUGAUGAUUCCUAUUAUUGAAUCGCAAGAAAAUCAGAAGGAUUCUAUUGACUUUCAUUACUUUCAUGCAGAAAUUGUGAAAGAUUCACUUGGCGGUGAAGUCAGAAUUACUGGUGCAUCUAAAGCUACAAUUGUUGUCAUAAGACCAGACUCUACACCUAUAGAAAUUAUGUGGUAUCAGUUAAAGGAAGUAUUUAUUAAUCAAAUAUUUCCCGAAAUUCGAAACAACAAAGGUCUAAGAAUCAGAAGUUUUAUCUUGGAGAGCUAUUACAAUUGGAUCAAUAAGGCACGUGGUGUGCUUACCAAAACUUCAUUAUCGCACAAAGUCCGAUGGUUUUUAAGCGAGCUGCUUGUGGUUAAACCAAAUCCAUCUAUUAAAAAGAUGGGACAGCUAUUAGAAUCGAAUAAGCAGAAGAUAUUAAAACAUUAUUUACUCACUAAUAUGGACACUAUGGUGCUGAAUUUAAAAACAGUGGCUACAAAAUUAAAAAGUAUGAAAUCUGUGAGACCUGAGAUGGAACAAUUGCUAAAAAUUUCAGAAUCUGGUAUUACGCUAGUUGAAAAUUAUUCAUUUCUGCGACACUUAUUGAUUGACCUGUUUGAUGAAAAAGAUGAGAUUGUUAAUCAACAUGUCGCCCACUUGGAUCGUAUUCAUGCAAAGGUUCAUACUACAUAUCAAGAAAUAUUAAUUGAUGGAGUGCAAAGGCAACUUGAGAAAUCAGGAAUAGAAGAUAGCUCGUAUUAUGACAUACUAAUUGUCGAUUUGCAAAAGAAUUUAAAAAAUAUAGAUAAAGGAGAAAAUUUACUUAAGAAAACUAAAAAAGACAAUUUAGCAAUCGCAGAUUUUAUUAAUGACAGUAACGAAGAUAAAUUAGAACUAGAAAGUAAAAGUGUUAAAAUCUUAAAGAAAACUAAAGAAUCGGGUGCUGAAAAGUUAGAGGAUUUCGAAUAUUUCAUAUUAACGGAAAUAGAAAAAGCUGUGAAAUAUUCUGAGCAAAACAUCUUCCAAAAAUAUGAAAAUAGCGACGAAUCGAAAAAUGUUGCAAUGAAAAGUAAGAAGGAUAAGAAUGUUGUUAAAUCUGGUGAAAUUAUCCUGCAUUCUUCUCAAAAUCAGAGUGAGGGUGAAAAUAGAAAGAACCAAGUUCAGAAUACCUUUCAAGAAAAGAUAGACUUUCUGCGAAUAACAAAGGUAAUAGAUGUAAAACUCGAAGCAAUUAAAGACAAACAGAAGGAGAAGUCUUCUAUAGAUUCCGCAUCGAGUGAUACAAAUAAGAUUCAUGUUUCUGAUACAUCUGUGACUACCGACACCUCCAAUUCGAGGACACCUAUAAAGAAAAACGUUUUAUUGCAAGAAUUACAAAAAGACAUCAGUGACAUACAAUAUAGUUAUGAGACUGAUUUAAGAGAAAAAUCAUCUAAUCAGAAAGAUUCAGUUGGAAAUAAAAUUGUACCCAUUGAUUUGUUGGAAGAGUUGAAAAAUCCCAUGUGGGUUAGUAACAAGGAAAAAGUACUUAAAAAAAAAUCACAGAUUACAGAUACGUUCUAUAGUACUAUAGUAGGUGAUGAGGUAAAAUAUGAGGAGAAAAAACAUACAAGUAAAGAUAAGAUUAAGAAAGUUAAACCAAAAUUGCAAAUAGAAAAACAUAUCGAUGAAUUAUAACAAUAGUUUUGAGAUUUAGACCAAAUUAUAAUUAUUAUUAAAAAAAAAAAACAAUUUUCGACAGGCUACGGCAUUACAAUUGAUAUUUUUGCAUUGUGAUCUAGAUGUGCGUAUAGUGAACUUUUUAAUUGAACACACACACACACACACACACACAGAGGUAUUUAAAAAAAUUAUAUCUAAUAUAUCUUAAGAAAAGUAAAAUUGUCAAAUACCACUAUUAUAUUGUAACUUUAUAAAGAAUCUACGGAUUCUAAACUGGUGCUUAUAAGAAAACUCUAUUUUAAUUUGUUACUUAAAAGAAGAUGGUAAUAUUACUAUGCAUUAUAUAGGUAUUAUGAACAUCUAUAUAACACACAUAUGUUAAAGUGGUUGUGAGGAUGUAUUUUGAGCAGGACGCUAUAACUCGUGUACAUUUUAUGUAUUAUUGUAUAAUUUUUAUAUACUAAAACAUGAGCAGCAAAGUUCUUUCUUUCAUGGAAAUAGUUCUGAGGAAUCUGUUACAACCUGUAAAACACACUCACAUACACGCGCGCGCGCACAUAUGUAUGUAUGUAUGUAUAGUAUGUAUGUAUAAUUGUAUUAUAUGAUUGUAAAUCUAAAAAAAUAGCACUAA